AUGGAAAAUGAUGCUGAUGGAAUUAUUUUGACAUUUAUUAAUCUUUUGACGGCACAAUUACAAAUUGAGGAAAUUUUUUCUUUUGAUGAAGUUCGGUAUUUGUUGCCAAUUCUUAUUAAAAUGAUCCAAACUGGUGAAUUAACAUUUAAAAGUGAUUUUGACUUUAAAUUUAAAGAUGCUUUUGAAUUUAUUAAAAAAGAUAUGGGAGAAAAGUCUGUGGAACUUUUGAAGCCUGAAAAUGCUGAUAAUGGAGAUAAACAAGAAAUUGCUAAUAUAAUAUUUGCUCUUUUGUUUAUUUUAUAUAAAAAUCAAAAGGCAAAAUUUGAUUAUUUAUGUGGAAAAUUGGACGAAAAGAAUUCUGCCGAAAUUUUACAAUUGUUAAAACGUUUGGAUAAUUUUGAUCGCCUUUCUCCAAUACCCUUUACUUCAAUUUUAAAUAAUUCUUCAAAUAAUUUAUUUUCUUCAAAUAAUUCAAAUUUUCAAAUAUUUUCCUCACAAAAUCAAAAAGAUAAAUUAGAAGAAAUAUCUAAAUAUAAAAUAAAAUCGGCAGAAUUGGAAGCUAAAUAUAAUCAAAUUGAAUCAAUUAAUUUUAAAUUAAAUGAACAACUUGGAAAUGCUCAAAAUGAAUUUAUUGACCUGGAGAAUAAAUAUGAGAAUUUAAAACAGGCUGAUAAUGAAAAGCAAGGAUCUCUAGAACUUUUAAAUAUCCAAUUAAGAGAAAUUACGGAUGAAUUAGAGACUUGUCGUUAUAAUAAUUCUCAAUUACAAAGAGAGUUAAAAUCUUUAAAUGAAAGACAUUCCCGUGCCUUUCAAAAAUCAGCAAAUGAUUUAAAAUCGAAGGAAGAUGAAGUUAAAUUACUUUAUAUUAGAUUAGAUGCUUUAGUCAAACAAAUAACAGAAAAAGAUUCUUCUGAAAAUAAAUUAAAAUUUAUGGAACAGCAAAUUGCUAAUCAACAGGGGACAAUUGGGGAAUUAAGAAGUGGUCUUGAACAGGCUUUGGAUAGAGCUAAUUUUGCAGAAACAGAAUUAAUUAAAUAUAAACGACUUCAAAACAAUAAUACAAGCAUACAAAACAACACAAAUUCUAAUACUGAUAAUUCUAUUUCACUUCAUGAUGAUUUAAAUUCUUGUAAAAUUACAGAAAAUCUUAGCAAUUUAAACGAUUUAUUUGACAACCAAACAGCUUCACAAAGUGAUGACUUUGCAAAAUUAAAAACUCGUUUAGAAUUAAUUCAAUAUGAAAAAAGAGAAUUGGAAAAUGAAAAUAAAGAAUUUUGUUUAAAAUUUAAAGAAUUUUCUAAUUCUCAAUCAAAAAAUAUUUUGGAAAAAGCAAAGGAAAUUGAAAGAUUUAAACAAGAAUGUGAAUCUAAUCAAAAUGAAUUGAAAAGAAUGCAACAAAAAGAAAUUAAUUUAAUUGAAAAGAAUAAAUUAAUUGAAGAAGAAAAUAAUCAACUCAAAACUUCAAUUAAAAAAUUAGAAGAUUCAAUAGACAAAGCAGCCCAAGUAAUUUCCGAAUAUUCCAAUUCUUAUUUAGACCAACAACAACAAUUUUCUGCUGUCGAUUAUUUACAAUUAAAACAUGAAAUAAAUAAAUUACAAACAGAAAAUGAAAGAUUAUUGUCGAAAAUGGAUCAGUUGAGACAUGAAGCUACACAAGAACAAAGAUUAAUUACACAAAAUUGGUAUCAAUCUCAACUUGAUUUACUCAAAGCUAGACAUUAUUUUGGAGCAAGUUCAUCAAUUUCAAGUAGUAUGCGUUCUUCAUUAAUUGACAAUAAUAAUUGUAGUAAUAGAUGUUCAACACCAAAUAAUCAACAACAACAACAACAAUUACCACCUUCAGAGGAAAUUAAAAAUUCUUCUUUAUCUAAUACACAAAAAAGUUUUUUUCGUCGAACAGAUUUAAAUAAUACAACAAAUUUUAAUUCAUUUCCCCCACACAGAUAAUUAAAAAUUAUAAAAAAAUUUUAUUUAAUGAUUCUUUUCAAUUAAAAUAUAUUUUUGUGAUCUCUUUGAGUGAGAAAAGAUCACUGUUUAUAUUCCCAACCUUUAAUAAUUAUUUGCCUUAUGUUUUCUGUUUCUUUUAAUUUAAAAUUUUAGAGAAAGAUUAUUUUUUUCUUUUUUUCUUCCCAGAAAAAGCCUUUAAAUCAAAGGUAUUUUUUCUUAAAAAUUCCCCUUUCAAUUGUUGUAUUUUAUUGGAUUCCAUCUGACUUUUUUUAUUUCCUUUAAAUUACUUAUAUUUAAA